UUGGAAGCUGUCGGCACUGUGGAGGGCGCCGCCGUCGAUGCCUGCGAUGUCGUCAUCGACGCCGGCGGAGCGACGGCGAUUCCGGGGCUGAUCGAUUCCCAGGUCCACGUCACCUUCGGCGACUUCACGCCGCGCCAGAACACCGUGGGCUACCUCACGAGCUACGUCCACGGCGGCACCACCACAGCCAUCUCCGCCUCCGAGGUGCACGUGCCGGGCCGGCCGAAGGACCCCGCCGGGGUCAAGGCGCUGGCGGUCGCGGCCUUCAAGUGCUUCGAGCAUUACCGGCCGGGGGGCAUGCGCGUACACGGCGGCUCCAUCAUCCUGGAGCCGGGCCUCACUCGUGCCGAUUUCGACGACGUGCACCGCGACGGCGUGUGGCUCGCCAAGGCAGGGUUCGGUGCGGUGGAGACGGCGCGCGACUACGUGGCCCUGGUGCGCCACGCCAGGGAGGCCGGCCUGCUCACCACGCUGCACACCGGCGGCGCCUCGAUCCCCGGCUCCUUCCCCAUCACCGGCGAGGACCUGAUCGCCAUCGACCCGACGGUUUCCUUCCACAUAAACGGCGGGCCGGUCGCCAUCGAGGACCGCUAUUUCGAGCAGGUGGCGGCGGAGACCGGGAUCGCCAUGCAGGUCUGCACCGCCGGCAAUCUGCGGACCACGCUGCUCUGCGCCGAGGCUGCCCGCAAGCACGACGCCUUCGACCGCUUCCUGAUCGCGACCGACACGCCACCGGCAGCGGCGUCAUGCCGCUCGGCAUGA